AAAAAAUCACUGCGUGUUAUUCAAAUGAAAAGUGGAUGUUCUGAGUUUUGAAAAGUUUGGCCUGGAUUGUUUCAAAUUUCUGUUUUAUCAAAAAAUCAACAAACAACACAGGUGGUAUUUACCUGUAUGGCACCUGAAAUGGUGAAGGUCAAGAUGUAAGGAAGUGGGCCAAAUAGAAACAAAAGGGCAUUUUGAGGAAAUAACAUUUAGGAAGGCGAAGAAUUGUGACCAAAAUCCAGUUUCAUAUCCUGUUUGUAUACCCAAAGUAUGAGGAAGAGAGGAAUACGCAGGUGAUUUAGGAGAAAUGAAGGGGAAAAAAACGAAGCUGAUUGAAGACCCGACUGUUCAUCUAUACCUAGGUUUAUCCUCCCCAGGUUUAAUGUGUAUACAGUGCAUUGUUUUAUAAUAUAUAACCCCCUAAAAACCUGAAGCAGCUGAUGUACAUGAUGUACACAAACCUGUGAUAGACAGUUGGAGAGAAAGAAAUUUAAUUAGGCGUGAUAGGCUGGUUCGUCAAAAUAAAUGACUUAACGGCCUGCUAGAUGAACUAUUGUUCUCCGUCAAGGAUUAACUGUUUCCUUUGCCUAUGGUCUAACCUUUCGGAUUAAUAUCCUCUUCGACAGAUUAUCAGGGUUCUUCAGUGUAUACCCUGGUUAAAAAAAUUAGGCCUUGUUUAACUUUAGAGGGUUUAUUGGCCUGGCUUUGCGACAGCUUUAAUUGACCGUUUGGAUUAGUGAUUAUCGGUAAUUUUUACCUGUCCCUUGUCUCACGAGUAUAAACUCCCCGUCCUAGUGUAUUAUUCUCCACACUGAUAAUUGACUUAUACAUGUACACUUGGAAUGUUACACCAUUGAUUAUUUCAACAGAAGGCCAAGUUUUCAGUGUAAAAAGACCAUCCAGUUGGGGAGGAUUCUAGAAAAGGUGAAAUUCAGGUAUUAACGAAGGUUUUAAGUUUUGUGGUGAAAUUGAUGGAAUUUGGUGACAGCCCUUGAUUAAGGAAGUUGGUCAACAGUUGUUCACUGCUCACUGCUAUUAGCUUUUCCUGGAUUUCGAAUGGCCACUUAGAUGAAUUUCGGCUAAGUACUUGUGAUGUUUAUGACGUGAUAAAAAUCAAGAAGUGUUUUCUACAAUUGCUACACCCAAAAUAAGUUUGAAAUUAAUGCAUUACACAGAAGGUUGUAAUCAUAGCAGGUUUUGCAUAAUAAUUGAGCUGGAUCUGGUUUUUAUGGUGAAAUGUUGAAACCAUUGUGAAUUGUCCUUGGGCAAUUGUGUUGGUGUGUGUUUUAAUUCUUGAAUGGAAGUGCACAAUGAUUAUCUACAUAGCCCACAGCUUAUGUAUACUGGAUAAUUAAGUGCAAGUAUAAAGUGAGAAAAAAUGUCAACCAAAUCGCGGAAAAAAGUGGGAUUUGCAGAAGAUGUGAAAUCAGAGGAGCGAGAAUCUCGAAGUAGAGGACGGACAAAGUUUCGUGAACGACGAUCGAAAUCCCAAGAUGUGAAAUCCAAUCGGAGCUCAUCACUCUCUAAAAAACGGGACCACAGUUUGAUUUCUUUAGUUCGUACCGGUUCAAGAGCCUCUGUUCGUAGCCUUGUAAAACUGUUUGAAAAUGUUGGAGGGAUGAAUGAAGGUCGUAAGAGUCAGAUAGUACUGCCAGACGAGCGACGACUUGACCUUCUGAUCCAGCCCAAGUUAACAUCUAGGGACCUUUUAGAUCUUGUGGCUUCCCAUUUCAAGUUAAAAGAAAAAGAAUAUUUUGGUCUAUGUUAUCAAGAUGACACCGGGCACCAGAAUUGGCUGAAUUUAGAAAAGAGAGUUUUAGAACACGAAUUUGUCCGCAGGGCUGGAACACUAGUUUUAAUUUUUGCUGUUAGGUUUUAUGUUGAGAGUAUAGCCUCGCUGAGAGAUAUUCAGACUGUUGAAGUUUUUUUCUUAAACGCCAAACAAGCAAUAUUUAAGGGGCAGAUAGAGUGUGACAGUGAGACGAUAUUUGAGUUAGCAGCCUAUGUUUUACAAGUCACUCAUGGAGAUUACACCAGUGAUGAAAAUGCUAGACAUGAUCUCAAGAAGUUACCUGUAAUUCCUACCUAUAUACUGAGGGAGCACCCCUCUAUACAGUACUGUGAAGACAGAGUGAUAUCCUAUUAUCAGAAAAUAGCCGGAUCAACAAGAGGACUCGCUAUUGUAAAUUAUCUCUCUAUUGUUGAAAGUUUGCCAACCUACGGGACCCAUUACUAUGAAGUUAAGGAUAAGAAAGACCACCCGUGGUGGCUGGGACUGAGUUAUAAAGGGAUCGCAGUGUACGACAAGACAGACAAAACCACACCCAGAAAGGUUUUUAAUUGGAAACAGUUGGAAAAUCUUUACUACAGGGACAAGAAGUUCUCCAUAGAAGUCCACGACACAAAGCGUGUUGUGCACACGCUCAGCAGCUUUAACUUGUACGAGGACGCCAUACUCGAGCCUCCUGAAGAGUUUGAUGAACUCUCAGACGCAAUAACUGACCCCACAACUCAGGUAUCGGUAAGUCGUAGAACCUUUGGACCGGGGAACGUUAUCGUCCACUCCUGGUUUGGAUCCACUCCUCAGCUGACAAAAUGUAUCUGGUGUAUGGCCGUGGCCCAACAUCAAUUUUACCUCGAUAGAAAACAUAAUAAGUCCUCAUUGUCUCAAGCUCGCAGUGUGAGUGAGAUAGCUGCUGAGUUAUCUCGCAGCACAUCAUCAUUACAAGGCUCGCUCGGUUCGGACUCGAUAAGUCGAAGUGGAAGCUCAGCGAGUUUACCAAGUCUCUCUGCAUCAAGGUUUGAUCUGAACUGUGACCCCAGUAUCGAGGCUGUGAAGGCACAGAGAGAGAUGUACACAGCACUGAAGGCCCGCAAGGAAGCCCUGGAGGAGGCAGUCAGCAAGAAGUUAGAGGAGCUCAAACAACUCUGUAUACAGGAGGGGGAGCUGACCGGUUGUCUGCCCUUGGACUACCCCCAGCAGCCUGGGGAGCCCCUCCCCACCAUCAGGAAGAGAGUGGGAACUGCCUUCUCACUGGCUUCCAAGGUUCCCGAGAGAAAGACGGAUGAUGCCUUAUCCACGCUAGAGUUGGAGUACGAGCUCCAGAAGCAGAUCACCAACGCGGCCAAGAAACUGUCCUCAGACAAGUCCGUCAGCAAGUACGUCCGCAAGCAGCGACGCCAGUCCUUCCACAAGGCCCAGGCCAAGCUGAAGGAGAUGGAGAAGAAACUGUCGGAGACCAAGGGGGACCCUAGUCACUUCCUGCCCUCGGGGGCACCAUCUUACGAUGGAUCAAACUCGCGGCUGCAGGACACAACAUCACCAGAACUACCACCCAGACGCAGAGCUGACCGCUCUUCUGGUGACGGCCCCAGACAGAUCACAAUCCAACGGUCAGCCACCACCCGGGAACUGUCCCCUACGUCCCCGCCCCCUCUCAGCCCCACCCUCAGCAGCCCCCAGUUGAAUUCCCUGAGCCAAGCAAACACCUACAGGAACCAGAUUUUCCCUCCCCCUCUCAGCAGUCGAAGUGCUUCGUCUGGCAGCAACAUGUCCAGCCAAUCAGAAUACGAGAACGUGAAACGUUACGAGAAAGGAAGUCAGGACAGUGGUUUUAGCUCAAACAAUAACAUGUAUAAUCUAAACACUCAGCGGACUUCACAUUACGAAAGUACUGAUGAAAUUAAGACUCCCACUAACCCUGAUUUUAGUGACAAUGUACUGACGGGUUAUGGUAAAUCUGACAUGUCUCUUAAGUAUGACGAUUACCGCAAACCUAUGUCUCAGGGACAUUAUGGGAGCUUAGAGCGGAAUACACGCCGCCGAGAUCGGUGGUCGUACAGAGAUAGACAACUUAGUGAUGGUGAAAGUAGUGUUUUAACUGACCUUGAACCUUCUAAAUUUGGAAGCAAGAGGAAUUCUCAAUCAGAAUAUGACCUUGUGUCGUCUAGAAACAGUGUGAUAGAGGUUCCAGUGAAACAUGAGGAAACGGGGACACCGAAACACCAGCGUCAUAAAUCGGCUCCCUGGGAAGACUCCGCAUUCACGGAACCUUCACCAAUAAUCACAAGUCCUGAUCAACAUGAAAACAGUUUUGAAAACCAUUGUUAUAGCCCUCGUUUACAUGAGGGCUCUUUCUUUGGUAGUAAAGGACCAAGUUCUUUAAGUGACCAAAGUUUUUAUCCUGGCAGCAGAUCUGAUUCUCCACAAUAUACCAAAAAGUCAAACGCAGUAGUGACUGUGACCAAAAUUCAGCCUCAUCGGAACGUGGAGGUGAUUUCUAAACCUUUUGAAAUGUCAGACUUUUACAAAUACAGUGAAAAAAUGCGUCGGCAGCGGUACAUAGAACAGUAUCAACAACAGCUGAUUGGAGGAUCUCGAUGUAGCUCCCCCUCCCAGCAAUCCACAGACUCAGGGGGAGAGAACUCCUUCUCAGGUUCAAACUCGUCUUUUGCUCAUCCUGUUUCGUCUUCAUUACACACGAGUCCUUCUCAUUCUUUAUCAUCUGUUUCCUGUCGCCCCGGCCCGGGCUCGCCUGCGACCCGCAGGGGCUCUCCAUUCCUGUCGCACAAGCGAGAGAACGACCAAUCGUUUGAAUCUCCCCAGCAUGGGUCGCCUCGCUUUGAGGCUGUCAAAGAACAUAGUUCUCACGUGCAAUACUCCAUGCAGACUCCAACGGGUACAAGAGUGUACAAAUCUGUCCAAACUAAACACACCCAUUAUCAACCUUUGACCCCUCAAAAGUGUGACCCCCUAACACGAAACCAGGCCUCCACCCCCAGGACUCAUCACAGCAGGCACCACAAAACGCAGAUGGAAAGAAGUGGCGGUUUGAAAUCGUAUUCUCCUAUCCGAGGAAAUCCACAGGACCGGAAGUCGCCCAACGUUUCUAUGGACGCCAGCUUUGCCUUCAGUAAGGAUUCAGUAGCAGACGACUUCGGUGAGGAAAUGAUGGCGUGGAUCGACAAAGAAGGAACCAAUCAAAACCCGUCCUUUGUCUGAAGAAUAAAACUUGGUUAUUAUUUAUAUUGAUAGAAUUAAUAAAUUUUUAAUUUAAAAAUGUCA